AUGAGUGCCUCGACAUCCACUCCUGACGCCAAGAUGGCAUCGUCUAUGAACAUGUCAUCCCUCGGCAAUGCCCUCUCAGUCGUCGUGGGCCCGAAAGACCCCAAGCACAAGGUCUUCGAGCUCGUCUUCGACUACCUCCUCAAGGAGGCCGAGCAGAAGACCGACUCGAUCCUCUAUUGGACCUCCCGUAACCCUACGCCUGACGCCAGGUCUGGCCUGACGGUUUUCGACCAAGUCGACUACGCCGCGCUCGGCAACCGCGCCCCCCAGCGCAAGCGCUUCCGCAUCGUUGGCAUUCUCAACCAGAUCGACCGCCGCUCCCGCAUCAAGUUCAAGCUCAUCUUCCGCCCCUGGGAGAUGAUCUACGUCGAAGGCGCCGAGCCCGGCUUCGUGCGUGUCGGCUGGAUCUGUCCCACCAGAGACCACUUCCUCAUCUUCGUGGGCGAGCGGGAGAGCAUCCCGCACCUCUAUGCCGCUCUCAUGAGACCUCGCCCCGCCAACUGUCUCAUCACCCACUCCAUUCAGAGCGUCCGCAUCUUCAUUACUGAGUUGUACCGCUACGCCUAUGGCAAGGACUUCGAGGCCAUCCUUCAGCUGCCCAACCUCAAGCAAGUCGCCAUCGACGUUGGCGUCAUCCGCAUCCUCAGCACCCCCAAGAGAAAGCGCCACCAGCACAACUCGGAACUUCCCCUCGACAUUAGGCUGUUCCCGUCCCUUAUCGAGUGGGAGCGCAAGUACCGUCAAGAGAUGAAGCCCGUCUGGGCCAAGCUGCAGCAGAAGGGCAUCAAGCUCGUGUGCUACGCGCCUGGUGCCGGCGACGUGGAGCUUCUCGAGCUCAUUCGAAAGAACGAUGGCAGCGUCCGCAUGAAAUUCCUCGACCCCAUCUGUCAUUGCUACGAUAAUCAGCGUCACCCGGUCAUUCUUGCCAUGAAGGCUGACAACGGUGGUCAGCUGAACAUGCUCAGUCGCGAUGAUCUGGCUCGCGGAGGCGAAUUCCGUAGCGUUUAG